GUCUUGGCCAACCAUUUCAUAUAAAUUGAGAAUGGAUGAUCGAAUAUGCAUCAGUUGAAAUCCAACAGUUGACAACAACAAACUAUUCAUCAUUCAUCAUGUUCAAAUUAUGCAUCUUCGCCGCUAUCCUAGCAGUAACCUUCGCAGCUCCAGCUCCUGAAGCUAAAGCUGACCCGAAAGCGGAUCCUAAAGCUGAUCCCAGCUUAUUCGCUGCAGCGUAUACUUCUCCAGUUCUUGCUGCUCCAGUAGCAUACACCUCAGCCUACUCAGCUCCAUUGACGUACGCUAGUUAUGUGGCUCCAUCUAUCUAUGCGCCUGGAUACACUGCGUACUCUCCAUAUGCAGCUGGUUAUGUGGUAGUUUAAGAUUAUA